AUGUACAAGAAAACAUCAAAGUAUAUGCUUUCUGAGUAUUGCGAUGCAAAUUACGCUGGAGACAGAUUGGAACGUAAAAGCACAUCUAUGAACUAUCAGUUUCUAGGAGGAAACCUCAUUUCAUGGGCUAGAAAAAGACAAUCAACCAUUUCAUUCUCAACUGUAGAAGCAGAAUACAUUUUAGCUUCACUAUGCAGCACUCAGAUGCUCUAUAUGAAGAAUCAGCUUGAGGACUUUCAGAUAUAUGAGAAACCCCACAACUCUGAAACUAACACAUCCUCACCCCCUCUACAAAAAUUCGACCUCACAACCAUAACUCUCCCCGUAUCUGAGGCCCUGCUUUUCAAUGAACCCAUUUCACCUCUCUUAUCUACUCCCUCAUCUCCUCCAUACUAUGACCUUUCUUCUGACUCUGAACAACCAAAAGUUCCUGACCCUUCCUCUCCCACCUUGGCACAACUCCAAGCCACAACAAACUCUGAAAAGUCUACGUCUGUCCCAGAAACUUCUGAGCCUAUACCAUCUCCCUCCACACCUCCUUCAACAGCCUCAAAAACUCUACCAUCUUUUGAACCUCCCAAUGAACCCUCUGAAACCUCUCAAAUUCCCUCUAAACCCAUUCAUCCAACCUCUGAACCUGAACCAACCUUUUCAACCCUGGAAGAGGUAUUUGCUAUAUUCUCAGAAAGCUCAACUGCGAGGCUCAGACAACUAUCUGAAGAAUCCAGACUAAGUGACAAUCCUUCGAAAGUAAGGACUCACUGGAAUGGAUUUCUCAGAUGGAUGACAUUUGAGGUCUUUAAGCUUAAAGGAGUCUCUGAACAAGUCAGAAAUGACUACAUCAGAGGAGAUGAAGAAAGACUAGAGGCGCGUCUAGCGCAAGAAGAUGAAGAGAAGGCCAGGAAGGAAGUUGAGGAAAAAGCUGCCACUAAAGCUGCUACUGUAGAAGCUGAAGCUAAAGCUAGAGCUGACACUGAAGAAGCAACACACAUAGUUGCAGAGGAGGCUACAAAGACUACUAAAGUUGCUCUGACUCGAGGUGAGUCAUCUACAUUUGAUAUUGCUUCGUUGCAUCGUUACGGAGGACAGUUUCAACUAGGUGUUAUGGACUUGGACAUGACAUUGAUAAUCGAUGAGAAGCCUGCAUCCAUUACGGAGGACAGUACGGAAGAUGAAAUGUCUUUUUUUGAGGCUUGGGAAAGAUCCAACAGGUUGUCUUUGAACUUGAUGAGAAUGACAAUGGCAGAAAAUGUUAAGUCAUCUAUACCCAACACUGAAAAUGCAAGGGAACUUAUGAAAAGUGUGAAAUAG